AUGGGCGCCAGGGAACGCAGGAUGCGGGAGGCGCCCGCGCGCCUGCUGCUGCCGCUGCUGCCCUGGCUGCUGCUCCUGACGCCCGAGACGCGAGGCGCGCCCGGCUGCCCGGUGCCCAUCCGCAGCUGCAAGUGCUCGGGGGAGCGGCCCAAGGGGCUCGGCGGCGGCGCCCCCAACCCAGCGCGCAGGAGGGUAGUGUGCGGCGGCGGGGACCUCCCGGAGCCUCCCGAGCCCGGCCUCCUCCCGAACGGCACCGUCACGCUACUCCUGAGCAACAACAAGAUCACCGUGCUCCGCAAUGGAUCCUUCCUGGGGCUGUCCCUGCUGGAGAAAUUGGACCUGAGGAACAACGUCAUCAGCAUGGUGCAGCCGGGAGCUUUCCUGGGCCUGGGGGAGCUGAAGCGCUUAGAUCUCUCCAACAACCGGAUCGGCUGUCUCACCUCCGACACCUUCCAAGGCCUCCCCAGGCUUGUCCGGCUGAACAUAUCUGGAAAUAUCUUCUCCAGCCUGCAGCCCAGGGUCUUUGAUGAGCUGCCAGCCCUUAAGGUUGUAGACUUUGGCACUGAGUUCCUGACCUGCGACUGCCACCUAGACUGGCUGCUGCCCUGGGCCCGGAAUCACUCCCUGCAGCUGUCUGAGCGCACACUGUGUGCCUAUCCCAGUGCCCUGCACGGGCGCGCCUUGGGUGGCCUACAGGAGACACAGCUCCGCUGCGAGGGGGCCCUGGAGCUGCACACCCACCACCUCAUCCCCUCCUUGCGCCAAGUGGUGUUCCAGGGCGACCGGCUGCCCUUCCAGUGCUCCGCCAGCUACCUGGGCAAUGACACCCACAUCCGCUGGUACCAUAACCGAGCCCUGGUGGAGGGAGAUGAGCAGGCAGGCAUCCUCCUGGCCGAAAGCCUCAUCCAUGACUGUACCUUCAUCACCAGCGAGCUGACCCUAUCUCACAUCAGCGUGUGGGCCUCGGGCGAGUGGGAGUGCUCCGUGUCCACCGUCCAGGGCAAUGUCAGCAAGAAGGUGGAGAUUGUGGUGCUGGAGACCUCUGCCUCCUACUGCCCUGCCGAGCGCGUCGCCAACAACCGCGGUGACUUCAGGUGGCCUCGAACUCUGGCUGGCAUCACAGCCUACCAGCCCUGCCUACAGUACCCCUUUACCUCAGUACCCCUGAGUGGAGGUCCCCCAGGAACCCGAGCCUCCCGCCGCUGUGACCGGGCUGGCCGCUGGGAGCCAGGGGACUACUCCCACUGCCUGUACACCAACGACAUCACCAGGGUGCUGUAUACCUUCGUGCUGAUGCCCAUCAAUGCUUCCAAUGCGCUGACCUUGGCCCACCAGCUGCGAGUGUACACGGCUGAGGCUGCCAGCUUCUCAGACAUGAUGGAUGUAGUCUACGUGGCUCAGAUGAUCCAGAAAUUUUUGGGUUAUGUUGACCAGAUAAAAGAGCUGGUGGAGGUGAUGGUGGACAUGGCCAGCAAUCUGAUGCUGGUGGACGAGCACCUGCUGUGGCUGGCCCAGCGUGAAGACAAGGCCUGCAGCGGCAUCUUGGGCGCCCUAGAGCGCAUUGGGGGAGCUGUCCUCAGCCCCCACGCCCAGCACAUCUCUGUGAACUCCAGGAACGUGGCGCUAGAGGCCUACCUCAUCAAGCCACACAGCUACAUGGGUCUGAGCUGCACAGCCUUCCAGAGACAGGAGCUGGGGGUGGCGGGGACACGGCUGGGCAGCCCUGGCCACAGCACCCCACCUGAGCCUGAGCUCCUCGCUGACCAGCACCUCCGCUUUCGCUGCACCACAGGGAGGCCCAACAUUUCCCUGUCAUCCUUCCAUAUCAAGAACAGCGUGGCCCUGGCCUCCAUCCAGCUGCCCCCUAGCCUCUUCUCAUCCCUUCCGGCUUCCCUGGCCCCCCCGGCUCCCCCAGACUGCAUCCUGCAACUGCUCGUCUUCCGAAAUGGCCGCCUUUUCCGCAGCCCUGGCAACACCUCCCGGCCUGGAGCUAGUGGGCCUGGCAAGAGGCACGGCGUGGCCACCCCUGUCAUCUUUGCAGGCACCAGUGGUUGUGGCGUGGGGAACCUGACCGAGCCAGUGGCUGUGUCACUGCGACACUGGGCUGAGGGGGCUGACCCCAUAGCAGCCUGGUGGACCCAGGAGGGGCCCGGGGGCUGGAGCUCAGAAGGCUGCCAGCUGCGCUCCAGUCAGCCCAAUGUCAGCUCCCUGCACUGCCAGCACCUGGGCAGUGUGGCUGUGCUCAUGGAGCUGAGUGCUUUCCCCAAGGAUCCCGGGGGCUCUGGGGCCGGGCUGCACCCCGUCGUGUACCCUUGCACAGCCCUUCUGCUGCUCUGCCUCUUCUCUACCAUCAUUACCUACAUCCUCAAUCACAGCUCCAUCCACGUGUCCCGGAAGGGGUGGCACAUGCUGCUGAACCUAUGUUUCCACAUGGCCAUGACCUCUGCCGUCUUUGCAGGAGGCAUUAUGCUCACCAAGUACCAGAUGGUCUGCCAGGCGGUGGGCGUCACUCUACACUACUCUUCACUGUCCACACUGCUCUGGAUGGGGGUGAAGGCUCGAGUCCUGCACAAGGAGCUCACCUGGAGGGGGCCUCCUCCACAAGAAGGUGAGCCUCUGCCACCUGCUCCGCAGCCCAUGCUCCGGUUCUAUUUGAUUGCUGGAGGGAUCCCACUCAUCAUCUGUGGCAUCACAGCUGCGGUCAACAUCCACAACUACCGGGACCACAGUCCCUACUGCUGGCUGGUGUGGCGUCCCAGCCUCUGCGCCUUUUACAUCCCUGUGGCUUUGAUUCUGCUGGUUACCUGGAUCUACUUCCUGUGUGCAGGACUGCACUUACACGGUCCUCUGGCAAAGAGCCCAAAGGGCGGAGGCAGCAGAAUCUCCCUAGAGCCAGGAGAAGAACUGAGGGCUUCCACCAGGCUCAGGAACAGCGGCGCCCUCUUGAGUGACUCAGGUUCCCUGCUGGCAACUGGGAGCACAGGGGUGGCAACCCCAGGCUCCCAGGAGGACGGUGACGGCCUCUAUUCCCCAGGAGUCCAGCUGGGGGCACUGAUGACCACGCACUUCCUGUACCUGGCCUUGUGGGCCUGCGGGGCCCUGGCCGUGUCCCAGCGCUGGCUGCCCCGGGUGGUGUGUAGCUGUCUCUACGGGGUGGCAGCCUCCGCCCUGGGCCUCUUCAUCUUCACACAUCACUGUGCCAGGCGCCGGGACGUCAGGGCCUCCUGGCGAGCGUGCUGUCCCCUGGCUUCGCCUUCAGCUCCCCAUACCCCGACCCGCGCAGUGCCCACCACCAUUGAGGACGGUCCCUUUGUGGUGGCUGAGGGGCCUGCAUCCCUCCAGUCCUCCCCGAGCAGCAGCAGUGGGCCUUGCAAACUCACCAAUCUGCAACUAGCUCAGAGUCAGGGGUGCGAAGUGGGGAUGGCUCGCGGGGAUGGGGACCCAGAGGCCAUGAGUCCUCGAGCGUGCCUGGCCCCACGCCACCCCAACAACGUGCACCAUGGGCGCCGCGCGCACCGGAGCCGGGCCAAGACGCCCCGCGCGGGGGAGGCGGGUGGCAGGAGCCGGCUGCGGGCCAUGCGCACAGGCCUGGCCACGGGGGCGCUCGAGCCCCCCUCCAGCGAGAGCAGCAGCUUGCGCCGCAGCCCAAGCGACAGCCACCCGCCCGAGGGUGAGGCCGCGCUCACACUGUCCGAAGGUAGUGACACGAGUGCCACGCCGGCCCCUGACGCUGUGCGGCCCGGCCAGCGCCGCAGCAUCAGCCGCGACAACCUCAAGGGCGGCUGCGUGCCAGAGAAGGAGAACAAGCGGCGCUCGUACCCACUCAACAGCGCCAGCCUGAACGGCGCGCCCAAGGGCAGCAAGUACGACGAUAGUUCCACGGCGGGCGUGGAGGCGGCAGGCAGCGGCUGCAUGAAGACUGGCCUCUGGAAGAGCGAGACCACCGUCUAGGGCGAGCCGCCACACUUCAGGACGAGCCAAGCCAGCGGGCUGUUACAGCCCCAGCACCACCCCAGAACGCAGCCUAGGCUGCUGACCUGCAAAGCUCCCUGCCAGGUGGCCACUACCUGGAGGAAAGUGGCGGUGCUCACACCUGGAUUUGGGCAGGAAUACACGAACAGUGCUCUGAAGAUGGCUGCACCCAAACACUGCAGAUGGUGUUUGGAGAAGCACUUCUGUUGUUACAAAACCCAGUUUCCACUUCUAUGCAAGGACACAGGAAGAGCACCUCCUUGCCUCUGUGAGGCCAUACAGAAGCACUCCAGUAAUUCAGUCCCCAACUCCACAGCAGGAGAAACCUCCAUUAUGUCAAAACAGCUUCCUGACUCUGAAGAAACCCAAGCCAAGCCCUGAGGCGGGGACUAGGAUCCCUGCAGCUCAGCAUUCUGUGCCUUCACUACUUUAAAACACCAGCACCCAGACCUUUCCCUACACAAAAUACCAGCCUUACUGCAGGACCAAAUGCAAGUGGAGGGGGCCCUGGACCCUACGAAAAGCAAUGGGACCCAGGCUUAGCCCAGGUCCCCUCCCAGUCUUGAUGUAACCCUGGCCUACUCACCAUGUGAAAAAGGACACAGGGAGGGAAAAAAAUUCUGCUCCUUGAGAUAGAUCCUGUUAUUUAUGCUUGCUGCACAGACAAUAUUAGGGGGGAAAAAAAGCUUUGUAUUAUUCUUCCACAUACGCUGGCUGCUGUUUACAUACCCUGCCAAUGCCUUAGCACUGGAGAGCUUUUUGCAAUAUGCUGGGGAGAGGGAGGGAGGGAAUGAAAAGUGCCAAAGAAAACAUGUAUUUAAAAGCUCGGAUUUUAUACAAUAGAAUGUUUUCUAGCAGAUGUCUCUUGUUUUAAUAUAUUAAAAUUUUGCAAAGCUCUUUGAGCUAUAGCUGUAGUCCACCCAAGGUCCUUUUAUUAAUGAGGUAGACCACAUGACACCAUGCACAUAUAGCAUGCAAGUGCCCACCAGGAUCCAGAAUUGACAGGCCAAGAGUUUUCUAGCUAUGUCUCUGUGGGCAGCUGCAAAUGCCGGUGCCACAAGCAGCAAGAAGAGCCCCACAAGCCUGCAGAAUCAACAGCAGUGUGUUCAGUUCAAACGGGGCAGGGGGUAUGCACAGCCACUUUCUCCAAGUCUUAACAAGUCAGCCCACAGAACACAAAUGUCUGCAACCUGACAUCUGCAGCCAAGGGAUGGCCCUGGCCCCACCCACAACCUCACACAUACUCUUCCCAACUCCUCCCUAGGACCUAAAGUCCAACUAACUUCAGCACUCUUUUUGGUUCCUUCAAACAAGAAAUGACAUCC